GCCUCCUGGGCUGCGUGCCGGAUGAAAUGCAAAAGAAACGUGUAUUGCUAAGAUGUCCUCGUAAGUGCUGAGAAGCCUAAAAAUGUUCUUCCAGUCGGAGAUUUUGCCUAGAUGGGAAUUGUGUCUUUACUUGUUUCUUUCUUUUGGUUCUCAUUUUUAUUCUUUCUAUGAAGUCUUCCAAGCUUCUCAAGAAUACGAAGAAGAACUUGAUAGAAAAUUUGAAUUGGAGAAAAAUACACUGGGGUUGAGGAAGGAUCCAGUUGAUUUUGAAUGGAGUUUCUGGAUGGAAUGGGGCAAAGGAUAUAUACUGUGGCUUCUUUUUGGCCACUUGGUGGUAUCACUGGUAUCCAGCAUUUACAUGGAAAAGUGCAAACCUUGGUUUCUGAUGGUGUAUGGAAUUGCUGCCUGUUGGUUUCUACUGGGGUCCAAAGGACUGACUAUGAUUUUUCUACAUGUCAGUAUCUCAUAUUUAGUAGCCCAAUUGAAAAAUCCAGUGCUUACAUGGUUGACUUCUUUGCUUCUGUUGUCAACUCUGCAUCUAUCUGCUGUAGAAGAAGUGAAGAGAGGCUGGUAUGCCAGUGAAAAUGAGUACUAUCUACUAGUUUUCACCCUGAUUGUGCGCUGUCUCUAUUAUACAAGCUUCAGUCUGGAAUAUUGUUGGGAUAGGACUACUGAGAUGACACAGCAUUCAUUCCUUUGGAUGUUGUCAUAUACAUUCUACUAUCCUGUGUUUCAUAACGGACCUGUUAUCACCUUUGAUGAAUUUUAUACACAGAUGAGCAAACAACAAUCCUGCAAUUGGAAGUCCAAUCUAUCUAUUUUCAUCUGGGGAGCCAUUCGUAUUUUGAUUUGGUGGUGGUUGGCGGAAUUGAUGAUUCAUUUUAUGUAUAUGCAUGCUAUCUACAGUAGCAUUUCACACCUGGAAGCCGUAACUUACUGGACGUUAGGUGGCCUUGCGCUGGCCCAGGUCCUAUUUUUUUAUGUGAAGUACCUUGUACUUUUUGGUGUUCCAGCACUUCUUGUUCGCAUGGAUGGACUCCAGCCUCCCGAUUUACCUCGUUGUGUGAGCACCAUGUACAGUUUUACUGGAAUGUGGAGAAGUUUUGAUGUUGGAUUACAUAAGUUCCUUAUCAGGUAUAUUUAUGUCCCAAUGGGAGGAUCUCAUUGCAGCAUAUUUAAGAUGUUGUUUUCGACUGCCAUCACCUUUGCUUUUGUAAGCUUCUGGCAUGGAAGCCAUAGCUAUCUUUGGUCCUGGGCUAUGCUUAAUUGGCUUGGAGUAACAGCUGAAAAUGGAGUGAAGAGGAUUGUUUCUUUUCCAAUUGUCCACAAUUUUAUUAACCAGGUUUUAUCCCCAAGAGGGAUUCGUCGAUUCCAUGCAGCAAUGGCAGCUGUAUCUACCGCAUUCUUGAUUUAUUCCAACCUCAUCUUUCUUGGUGGGAGUGAUGUUGGCAGAAUUUAUUGGAACAAGAUCUUCAAAGAAGGUUGGCCCUGGGCAACAUUGUCUGUUGUUGGAAUCUUAUAUUGUUACUCUAAUGUUGGGAUUGAGUGGCAACAUACACGCACCAAAGUUAACCGUCCUGUCCUUAAAAGAAAGGAUAGUGGAAUUUUGACACAGACAUUCAUUUCUUCAUCGAUACAACAACAUUUCAGUUUUUCAGGAGAAUCAAUAUCUGGUCGUAUAUGAAUUCCACAACAAGGAAAACCAGGCAACAUAAAAUAAAGACAUUCUGGUUUCUAAAAGACAUUGUAAUAUUUGAUUUUAUAUCAAUUCUGUAAAAUAUAACUAGUUUUAUAUAUAUUUGUUUCCAAAGUUUCUAUUUAUAAGGAAAUUGUGUUUGUAACAAAGUGAUGUGUAUUUAGGAAAUUUUUGUAAUUUAGCCACAAUGAUGAAAAACAAUAGCAAUGAAUCUAUAACAUUUGUCUUCCCCCUUUCAGAAGAGUCCCAUAAAUAACUUUCAAAUAAGAACUUUUAAUGAAAUCCAAAAUUGCUUGCAAUAAACCUUUCCUUUACUGGUUCCCCAUCUACCAGUUCAAAUCUUUUUGGGUGGUUUCCUCAAUCCUUCAAAAAGUAAAAUGAAACACUGAAGAUAUAGAAGACUUCAGAAGAGACAACACAGCCACUCAUCUUCUCUCUGCCCCACAAAAAUCUUGUUGUACUGAUAAAAAUUCCAGCAGUAAAAAUAUAUUCCAUUGGACCUCACCUUUCAUUCUAGAAAUGUUGGAAAUAAUAUGUUUAGACCUAGUUACAAUUUUACAUAUGCUUUUAAGAUGUUGAAUGUAUUUGCAUUUUUUUUAAAUGCAUGCAUGGUUACCUGUUCAUUCAUGUUGCAAGUAUAUGUAUGAAUGAAUGAUUUUGACAAGCAACCCAAAAUAUGAUUGGAACUAAGAGGAUAGUAUGAAGGGGAAAACAUAUAUAACAGGAUAUUAAUUAA